AUGGCUGAUAAUUAUCAAUUCGAUAGCAGUUUAAAGAAUUCUCUUCAAGAGGAAGAUCCUGAAAUCUAUCACUUAAUCUGCAAAGAGAAAAAACGCCAAAGGCUUGGUUUAGAAUUGAUUGCGUCAGAAAAUUACGCUAGUCGAGCGACAUUACAAGCAUUGGGAUCGUGUCUCAAUAAUAAAUAUUCUGAAGGCUAUCCUGGGGCUCGUUAUUAUAGUGGCACACAAGUCGUCGAUGACAUUGAGUUGUUAUGCCAACGUCGAGCUCUUGAAUUAUUUGGAUUAGAUCGUGAACAGUGGGGCGUUAAUGUACAACCUUAUUCUGGCUCACCGGCUAAUUUUGCUGUUUAUACCGCAUUAUUACAACCUCAUGAUCGAAUCAUGGGCUUAGAUUUACCCGAUGGUGGCCAUUUAACCCAUGGCUACAUGAACGAUACUAAGCGUAUUUCAGCUUCGUCCAUUUAUUUCGAGUCCAUGCCAUACAAGAUCAAUCCUACCACAGGUUUAAUCGAUUACGAUCAAUUGGAAGCCAAUGCAAAAUUAUUUAGGCCUAAAUUAAUUAUUGCUGGGAUUAGUAGUUAUUGUCGCCAUCUCGAUUAUGCCCGUAUACGACAAAUUGCUGACCAACAAAAGGCAUACGUUCUAUCGGAUAUGGCCCAUGUCAGUGGCCUUGUUGCCGCCAAACUUGCCCCUACUCCUUUCCAAUAUUCUGAUGUGGUUACAACCACCACACAUAAGACACUACGUGGACCCCGUUCUGCAUUGAUUUUCUACCGUAAAGGAAUACGCCAUCAUGAUCAAUCUGGCCAGCCGAUCUAUUACGAUUUGCAAGAUAAAAUCAAUUUUGCUGUCUUUCCAGCAUUACAAGGUGGGCCACAUAAUCAUGCCAUUGCCGCUGUCGCUGUCGCUUUAAAAGAAGCUCAAUCGGAUAAAUUUAUACAAUAUCAAAAACAAGUGUUAAGUAAUUGUCAAACAUUAUCCGAUGGUUUAAUCGCACUUGGCUAUACAUUAGUCACCGGUGGUAGUGACAAUCAUUUAAUUUUACUCGAUUUAAGACCACAAAAAUUAAAUGGUGCCCGUGCUGUUGAAGUAUUUGAAAGAGUCCACAUUAGUGCUAACAAGAACACCUGCCCUGGCGAUAAAAAUGCCUUAAUACCCAGUGGUAUUCGUUUUGGAACUCCAGCUUUAACCAGUCGUGGAUUGAGUUGUCAGGAUAUGGUGAAAAUAGUACAAUUUAUCCAUCGUGCUUUGCAAAUUGCAAUUGAUGCCACUAGUACUGUUGCGGGGAAAUCCAUUAAAGACUAUAAAGCUACCCUUGAUCAGGAAGAGUAUCAAGCAAAGAUACAACAACUAGCAGAAGAAGUACUCGAGUUUUCUAGCCAAUUCCCAACACCUGGUUCUGAUGUCAUAUAA